CGGGUCCAGGUGCGCCGAGUCGACUGUCAGCUAAAAAACAAAACUUGUCCCUCGUCUUCAAGCCCUCCUCCAUUCAUGCCCUGUCCAUCAACUUCCUGUUUGUCUUCCUCGGUCCAUCCAUCAAACUUAUAUUGUUGCAGAGUGUCCAUCUUGUAACGGCCAUGGCUUCUGCAGCUUUGCUGCUACUCUGCCUCUCAUCCUCACUGUCCCUCACAGUGGCAAUCUUGUUUGGUGAGCCCAGAAUAUUUGGAGAUGACGCAACUGGUUAUGGCCCCAUAUUUGAAGAGGAGCCUGUAGAUGUGGUCUACACUGAUGACUCACCUGAUAAGAGGAUCUCCAUGAACUGCAGGGCACGAGCAAACCCACCAGCUUCAUACAGGUGGCGCCGUGAUAACUGGGAAAUUAAGCUGAAGGAGCAACCAGAUGAGCACUACAGUCUAGUUGGGGGAAACUUGGUUAUCACUAAUCCCAUCCACAAGAAGCACGCCGGGACGUACACGUGUGUGGCCAAGAACAUCUACGGCACCGUCCUCAGCAAAGAAGCCAGAGUCAAGUUUGGAUUUAUAGAAGAGUUUCCUGAGGAAGAGAGAGAAUCGGUGUAUGUAAAAGAAGGACAGGGGGCCGUUCUGUUGUGUGUCCCUCCAAAAGUCUGGCCCCAGGAAGUGACUUAUCAGUGGAUCUACAAUGAGUUCCCAGUGUUCCUGCGCACAGACCGUCGUCGGUUUGUCUCCCAGAAGACAGGAAACCUAUACAUCGCAAAAGUGGAAGCGCAGGACGCAGGGAACUACUCAUGCUUUGUUUCUAGUCCCAUCUUAGGGAAGGGCGUCUACUCCAAGUUCAUCCCACUCAUCCCUCUACACCCUGAUGACGGUGAGGAGAGAAAAUAUCCAGCAGACAUCAGGGUGAAAUUUCCAGACACCACCGCCAUGCUGGCCUCCAACAUCACCUUGGAGUGCUUUGCUCUUGGAAAUCCCAUCCCACACAUUGUAUGGAGGAAAGUAGAUGCCACCGACCUUCCAGCAAAUCAUGAAAUCAGCGAAUCUGGUGCUGUGCUUCAUCUGUACAAUGUUCAGUAUGAAGAUGUUGGUGCUUACGAUUGCGAAGCCAUCAACACUAAAGGAAAGGACUGGCACAAGGCCUGGCUCUAUGUUGAGUCUGCACCAGAAUGGGCAGAGACCAUCAACAACACUCAGGUGGACAUCGGUUCAGAACAUACGAUGCGCUGUGUCGCAUCAGGAAAACCCUUCCCCUUUAUCCGCUGGUACAAAGAUGGAUAUAUGUAUGGGAAAGGUGAGCUCAAGUUUUCCAGUCUGACUUUUGACGACUCUGGGAUGUACCAGUGCAUCGCUGAGAAUUUUUGGGGCAUCAAAUACGCCAACGCAGAGCUGCGAGUCAUCGCGUGCGCACCGACUUUCGAGCUCAACCCCGUAAAAAAGCAGCUUCUUGGAGCCAACAAUGCACGUGUGGUGGUCGAGUGCAAACCCAGAGCUGCUCCGAGACCUCGGUUCACCUGGACGAAGGGCAAAGAGCUGCUUUUCAACAGCUCACGCAUUUCCAUCUUGUUUGAUGGGAGUCUGGAGAUCUUCAAUGCCACCAGAAACGACGAGGGCUUUUACACCUGCUUUGCUGAGAAUGACAGAGGAAAGUGCAACAGCUCAGGUUAUCUCACCAUCACAGAUGCUACCAGUAUCUCAAUAGCUCCUGAAGAUACUGAGGGAAUGGUUGGAGACGAGGUGAUCCUCAGGUGUGCUGCUUCAUUUGACCCCAUGCUGGACAUCACAUUCAUCUGGGCCAUAGACUUCAGAGUCAUUGACUUUAACACUGAGUGGCAGCACUAUGAGCAAGUUAUGAAUGAAGAUGGAGUUGGUGACUUGCGGAUAAAGAACCUCCAGAUUUGGCAUGAAGGUCGCUACACCUGCACAGCUCAAACAGUGGUGGAUAGCGACACCGCUUAUGCUGACCUCAAAGUUGUAGGUGUUCCUGGGCCUCCCGGUGUGAUUCGAGUGGAAGAGAUUGGUGACACAUGGGUCAAGCUUUUGUGGUCCAAAGCAGCUGAGCACAACAGUCCCAUCCUUUACUACACCAUCCAGACCAGACACUACUGGGCUCUGAAUGAAGAUGACUGGAGGAAUGCCAGCACCUCUCCAACAGUCCUUGAUGGUACUAUGGAAAGAGCAGAUGUAACAGACUUAUAUCCUUGGAUGGAGUAUCAGUUCAGGAUCAUUGCUGUUAAUGAAUAUGGAUGUGGAGAAGCAAGUAUACCUUCCCUCAAGAUCAAAACCUGGGAUGCUGCUCCUGUUGUUUCACCCACUGAUGUAGCAGGUUAUGGGGGUAGAAAUGGUGAGAUCAUCAUCACAUGGAAUCCUGUGCAGCCCUGGUAUUUCUAUGGCAAGAAGUUUGGUUACAUUGUUGCGUUCAAGCCCCAUGAUGCUUACGACUGGUGGUACGAAACUAUCUCAGACCCUGAGACGAGACGACACGUACACAGAGAUUCUUACUUUAUUCCAACUGAGGAAGACUUCCAGGUUCGAGAGUUUCAAGUGAAGAUCAAGUCCUUUAACGUGAAAGGAGAUGGACCAUACAGCCUCACUAAAGUCAUUUACUACCCAAGGGAUGUACCCACAGAACCUCCAACAGACGUCUAUGCCAGGCCGGUGUCUUCCACUGAAGCAGUGGUUUGGUGGCUGCCAGUGGUUGACACUGGAACAGGUCUACAGCAGUACAUUGAAGGAUACCAGGUCAAAUACUGGAGAAAGUACGAUGACCCAGAGCCUGGAGCCCAUCGCAUAUUUGUUCCGGCAACAACUAAUCAGACCAGACUGGAGAACAUGCUGCCAGACUCACACUACCUUAUCGAGGUCCGCGCCUUCAAUGGAGCAGGGCUCGGACCACCUGGCGAACACUGUGAGAUGUUCACCAAGAGACCACCACCUGCAGAGCCUCCCAGGAUGUGGCGCUACAUCAGCUGGACAGGAAAGUGGUUAUACGUGUGGUGGGAUCAUAUCCAGUACGACUGGUUUGGAAAUGUUUCCUUCCCUCUGUACUACAAGGUAAUGUUCAGAAAAACAGGCUACAUCUAUGGCAAAGUCUACGUCACCGGCUGGCACUUCAUGGACUUCCCCAUGCCACAACUUGGAGACUUUGAACUGAUGGUCCGUGGCCGUUAUGAAGGAGGAGAUGGCCCAGUCCGGAAGAUUAGGAUUCAGGGUAAAGCAUCUAUGACCACGCCCACUUUAAGCCUCGUGUUGUUCAUGCUGCUGACGUCAUGCAUUAGUGGACUUUAAACUCAGACCUGUUGUGAGUCUUGUAUAUAAUGAACUGUUGGACGCAACAACAACAAAAAAAAACUUGAUUCUAAUAGAAGAUAUGAAUAUUCAACACUGAAGCUCCUACAUAACGAAUCUUUAUAUCAAUUGUCUUCAUGUUACUUUGCAAUAUUUUUUCUGCUCAACAUUACAUUUACGCACCAGUUAAUACAUAAAGUAUGUUUCUAUCAUACUGUAAGUCAGACAUAGGGACAGAGACACUGUUUAGAUAUUACUAUUUAGAAAAGUCACUGUGUUGUACUCUAUAUAUUGAUUUAAAAACAAAUUUG